GGUCACGCUGUUCAUAAGGUUUGUUGCGUCUAGCACUUGUUUAUAAUUAAAAUUAUAAUUAGUUAAAUGGCGGACGAUCUACAAAACUACAAAUUGCAGUUGCAACAGGGGUGCCUCAGAACCCAUUUCAGCGCUAAGUCGUGUUGAUGUACAUAAAAAAACUUACAAAUAAUGGGCUCUCUGCGAAUUCUAUGGCACCCCCGAAACUUUUUUUUUAUGAUGACUGCUUUCGCUGUUUAAAAAUCAUAUAUUGUGACAUUUGUGAUGGUUGAAGCAGCUCUUCAAACUGACCCAGAAAAUGACGAGCUUUUAAAACUCAGAAGUGAUCUUGGCGAAGUCAUUACUCUUACUCGCGAUCUAAUACAAACUCAACUAGAAGAACAACAUAAAUCCUCAUAUGUGGAGCCGUCUUCAACUAAAACAGCGUCCUCUAAUUAUUUCGACGAAAUUGAAGCUGCACUUUUAGAAGCAGAAAAAUUAGUCUCAGCUGCUAAGAUUUGGAAGAUUGGGGACAAGUGUCAAGCUAAAUGGAAGGAAGAUCGUCAGUACUACGACGCAACUAUUGAAGAUAUAUCAAGCAAAGGCGAAGUCAAUGUUAUAUUUGAUGCCUAUCAAAAUCGAUCUACGACAAAUGUCAACGAGCUGCGAGAACGCACUACUCGCAACGAAGUUUUUCCUUCCAACAAGCGUCACAGACCCAAUCAAAAAGAAUACUUAAAAAAACGGAAGCAAAAAAAACAACAGCGAUUCAAGGACUUGGAAGAGGAACGUGAAUCCGACAAAAAUAAAUGGCUAAACUUCACCACUAAAAAUCAAAAAAAAAACGGUUUAAAGGCAAAAAGUAUAUUCGCCUCUCCGGAUAAUGUAAGCGGCAGAGUAGGAGUCGGUACAUGUGGGACUGCAGGAAAGGGAAUGACUGAUUUUACUGUGGGCGAAAAAUAUAGAAAGGGUCUUUAAACUGUUAAGUUAAUUUCCGUUAAAAUAAAAUGUAAAAAACAUUUA